AUGCAACGACGUGAUAUGUUCAGAUGUAUUCGUUGGCAUUUAUGGUUCUCUGCCAUGUAUCGCCUACCACUAGAACGUUAUUUUCCUGCUCGCCUGCGGUUUCUCGCCGUUACUGUGGAUUGGACUUACGAACUUUUCUUAUAUUUAACAUUGCUACAUAUCGACAUACUCUUUAUCUGCACCAUAUAUCUGAAUCAGGAUAAAGGUGAUCUGGAACUGAUAGUGAAUUGUAUGAUCCAGACGGUCAUUUAUACGUGGGCAAUAUGCGCAAAGGUCUUCUUUAAACGCAUCCAACCCAAACGUGUAAAAGAGUUAAUGUGCUAUUUGAACGAGGAAUGUCGAACGCGUUCAGCUGCUGGAUUCACCUACGUUACAUUUAAGGAGAGCGUCGAUUUGUCGAACAUGUGGACUACGGUAUUUCUGAUUUGCUGUUAUGCUGGCGUUACUUUCUGGCUUUUCGUACCCAUCUUUAAUCAAGAUAGCAGCUUGCCACUGGCCUGUUGGUACCCCAUCGAUUAUAAGGUACCGGUAGUUUAUGAGUUCAUUUACUUUCUACAAACAGUGGGUCAGCUUCAAAUUGCUGCUGCCUUUGGUUGUACGAGUGCUUUCUAUGUGCUGAUAGCGGUGAUCUUCUCUGGUCAAUUCGAUAUACUUAACUGCAGUCUGAAGAAUAUUUUAGCUACCACAUACAUAAUUCUAAGAAAACCGAAACCGGAACUCGUUUUACUGAGAGAAGAGCAAAGCAUCGCCGACUACGAGCUUAAUCAAUAUUACGUCGCCAAGGAAUACCGCACCGACUUCGACUGCAUGCCACAUUUUUUGGACAAGGAAACACCGAAACCCGAAAAUUUCUACGAAGGUUUCAAAAUCGCUCUUAGACCUUGUAUUGCUCAUCAUCGUUAUAUAUUGUACGGCCUAAAAAUGUUGGAGGACCUCUACAGUUAUCUGUCGUUUCUAAAAUAUCUUGAAGUGACACUGCUAGUUUGCCUAGUGGCAUUUGUUUGGGUUAAGUCCACAGCCGCCAACUCGUUCCUGCGUCUGCUCUCGCUUAGUCAGUAUUUGCUUUUGGCGCUCUGGGAAAUGUUUAUGAUCUGUUAUAUGGGGGAAAUUAUAUUUUUGUAUAGCAAACGUUGUGAUGAAUCCCUUCAGCGUAGCCCCUGGCACUUGCAUUCUGGUGAAAUAAAACAGGAUGCUUUAUUCUUUAUACUCAACGCUCAGCGCCCUUUCCGCUUGACCGGUGGCAAGAUGUACAACUUAAAUUUGAAGAUGUUUCGUACUAUUUUAACCACAUCUUUCUCGAUUUUAACCAUAUUGCAAAAUAUGGACCUAAGACAACCGCAGCCAAAAUAA